UAUGAAAAAGUUGAAAAUUGAAGAGACUAACAAAAAGAAAAAAAAAUCAAAACCAGUGCAAAUGGUAAUGGCUUAUUUUUUGUAAAUUCUAAUUGUUUAAAGUGUACAUAAAUUAAAUUGAGGUGUAUUAAAAUUCGUUUGCUGAAAUAUUUACUUAAUCAAAACAGAAAAAAAAAUCAAAACUGUUGAUAUUAUUCCAAUGUGGUUCGUCUCUUUUUUUAGAUCAGUAUUCAUUAUUCCAGGACAAAAGGAGAUAAACGGGUUUGUGUCAUCAAUGUAACGUUUUGGAGACUUAUGAAAGCAGAAAUGUAGAACGUAUCAAAAAGGAGACUUUUCCUUUAUGAAAAACUCCGCCCUUGAGAAGACAGUGACAACACCAGCCCUAAAUUUUAUCCGAGUGUAUUUCUUUUCUCUUUUAAUUAUAUCUGAUAAAUUUUCAUUUAAAUGCUGCUUGAACUUCUCCUUGAUUUGUUGCUGUCAGGUUAACAAUGGAAGAAUACAGCAUUGGAUAAAAUGGACGAUAAAGAUUUAAAAGUUUGGAGAAUUCAUGAUUUAAGUGCACAUGUGCUUCCUUAUUUAGGAAGGCGGAGGGUAUACAUUCUAACACGUGGAAAAAAGUCUUAAAAAGAACAUUAUAAAAAAGCAAUCACAGGCGGUAAAUAAGCGGUGAACUAUGUCAUUUUAAUCCCGUAAAAGUAUAUACUUUGCCGGUAUAUAUGAACUUUUGUAAAAUGUGAUUAGUUGAAUGUUUCAAUUGAUUGAAUGGCAAUGACAUGAGAAUGGUGUAAUUAUACUGAAAACAUAAAUAAAUCGGUACAGGAAAAAUGUCCAUUUAGAUAGUUUUCGACUUCCUGUGAAUCGUGGUUGUCAAUCCUUCCUGGAGUUAAGUUUAUGAAUACAAUUCUAAUAUGUGUUUAUUCAAAAAUGUGGUACGAUUUUUUGGAUUGAUUUUAGUGUUUUCUUUUUCCAACAUUAUAAGUAGAGAUAUCUGUGUUUUGAACAGAACUAUAGCAGAAUCUUCAUGCUGUACUAAUUAUUACAAAGACGAAAAUGGGGACUGUAACUUAUGUGUUCCCGGAUACUUUGGGAAACUUUGUGAUGCAGUUUGCCCACGAGGAAAAUUUGGUGAAGGCUGCGCUGGAAUUUGCACGUGCUCCCUAGGAGAUUGUGACCACGUGACGGGAUGUCCUCGUAAAAGUCAUCGUAUAACUACGCAGACGGUUACAGAUCAUCAAGAACCAUAUCUGACAAAAGUACAAAUAUCAUCAUCAGCGAUAUCAUCAGGAACAGUUAAAACUGAGUUUUCUGUUCCUAAAAUAGAAAAUGAAAAUUUAUCAAUAUCACCAACAAUGCAAACAACAUCACUAACAUCGGUUAUACAUACCGCGGGACAGUUUAACAGUAAUUAUUUAAUAUUCGGUGUGGGGUUGUUGUUAGCGAUACUUCUUAUAGUUAUCAUUGCUCAACUCCGAUUGAGAUCAAAAUCAGCACAUAAAAGGAUAUCAAGGAAAAAUCUAGAAGAAAACAAUGAAUUAGACGUAUUUAAUGACUCGGCAAUCAAAUCACGUGACAACGAUAAAAAACAAUAUAGCAAGCUAGACACGGAUAAAGACAAAUGUCAGAAAGGUCACGUGUAUCAGCAUGUUGAGUCGGAGUAUCAGGAAAUUGAUGUGUGUUUGGAAAUGGUGGAUGUUCCGUCAAGCCACACAACAGACUCUCAUUCGAUACAGGAGGAGCCAGGUAAAGCUAAUCAUUUGGAAGAUUACAUAGACCCGCUUAUUUCAACAUUAAAUAGAAAAGACACCAUUGGUAGACAACGGCAUUCGUAUAUAGAAAUCUUGGAUUCAGAAGAAGUCUUGGUCGAUGAUGACAGAAAUGAUGAAUGUAAUGAAAAUAACAGUAAAUCGUCGUCUUCAUAUGAUGACGUGAUAGUUGAAUGCUCCACUGUUGCGCCGGAAAUAGUUCAGGGAAAUGAUAAUACUUAUCUCGAUGUUCUUUUUGAGUGAUGGAUCUGAAUAUCAUACCGGGAAAUAAAUCAAAACACUCACGAUUAGCUAUAUAAUUUGACACUGAUCAGAAUAGAUUCUUAUGGUUAACUACUAUUAUCAUUAUAUGUUCUUAAAUUUAUUUGAUUUUAAAAGUCUGUACAUAUACUAUAUACAUUGAAUUUUAAAAACUUUUUAUGUUUAUUCUAAAAAUUUUAGAAGUUAUAGUGAAUCGAUACCUUCGUUACGAGUAAUAUCAGCAUUUCUUUUUUUUUUUUUAUUUCUCAAUGAAAUCCAAUACAUGAGACAUAUUUAAAGAAGCUGGGGGUUGGGAGUGGGUUGGCAAUGCAACAAAUUAACAAUCUGAUAUUACUUAAUUUACAAGUUUUGAUAUAUUAGGCUGCCAACUAUCAUUUUGCAAAGAAAAAUUACAUUUUAGUUUGAAAAAUUAAAAUAAAACUACAUUUUAAUAUCUUCAUAUGAAGCUCUCAUUCAAAAGGAGAUCGAUAUAGUAUAUAAAUGACCAUAACCCUUCAGCCCCUUUAAUGGAAUCAUGUUCUACAUUCUUCCUCAUUAUUGAACAUUUUCAAUAUUCAGCUGAAAAUUUAAUUCAAAUACGUUCUUAUUUCUAUUCCAACCCAAUAUUUUGUUAAAUAAAUAAAUACUUAUAACAUAAAAUGUUAAUACAUGUUAAAAUGUAU